AAUCAGCUGACACUCUGGGCUGAGUCCGUGUUCCGGUCUCCAGUCUGACUGACAUCCUGCAAGGAUUUGUGUCACCGUAGAAUGGUACCUGUGCUUGUUGAAGCUGGAGGUCAGAGGUGAAGAUUACGUGUCUAUGUUGCUAGGGAUUUACAUCUUGUGCUACUGAACUGAUCAGCUUGUGUUCCAGUUCAAAGAUGAGCCCUACGCAGUGGGACUUUCCAGUGGAGCUAUGCUGCCGUCCUAUGGCCUUUGUGACCCUUACAGGUUUAGAUGUAACUUUUAAUGCAGUUCACCGAGCUAUCUGGGACUCAUUCUGUGCCAAUCGAAGAGCAGACCGUGUACCCAUCUCAUUCAAGGUUCUUCCUGGUGAUCACGAGUAUCCAAAAUGCAGAACAAAGAGAACAUCUUAUGAGUGGUACAUUCCAAAGGGUAUUCUAAAGACAGGCUGGAUGAACAAGCAUCUUAAUCUGGUGCCUGCCUUGGUUGUGGUGUUUUAUGAACUUGACUGGGAUGAGGGUCAAUGGAAGGAGAAGCAGUCAGAAUGUGCAACCAGAGUUGAAAUUGUCAGGCAGAGUUUACAAGGGAGAAACACAAAAGUUGCUGUGGUUUUAAUUCAGAAAAAGACUCCUUUACCACCAGGGGAAGACCUGAUUGCUUCAGAGAGGGCCGCUGCUUUGUGCAAUGCAUGCGACUUGUCUGGCAAAUCUCUAUUUGUACUGCCACACACUGAUCACCUUGUGGGAUACAUAAUUAGAUUAGAGAAUGCAUUUUAUGAACAUGCACAAACCUACUACUAUACGGAAAUCCGAAGAGUAAAAUCACACAAAGAGUUCCUUAAUAAAACUACCCACCAACUGUUGUUUGUAAGACACCAGUUCAAAAUUGCAUUCUUCAGUGAGCUGAAACAGGAUACACAGAAUGCCUUGAAAAAUUACAGGACAGCCUACAAUCUGGUUCAUGAACUCAGAUCUCAUGAAACAAAUAUGCUGGAGAUAAAAACUAUGGCUGGGUUUAUAAACUACAAGAUAUGCCGCCUGUGUUUCCAACACAACACCCCACUUGAUGCCAUUGCACAGUUCAGAAAGCACAUUGAUUUAUGUAAGAAGAAAAUUGGUAGUGCCGAACUGUCAUUUGAGCAUGCAGCCUGGAUGUCUAAACAGUUCCAGGCAUUUGGAGAUCUAUUUGAUGAAGCUAUAAAGCUGGGCCUGACUGCAAUUCAGACACAAAAUCCUGGAUUCUACUAUCAGCAGGCAGCUUACUAUGCACAGGAGCGCAUGCAGCUUGCUGCUCACUUGUGUAAUCACGAGCCUUCUGUUGCAUAUCCAAGUCCUGAUCCUCUUGAAACUGUCAAUGGAGUUCUUGAUUUCUAUGGACAGAGGGCUUGGCGUCAAGGCAUCCUUAGUUUUGAUCUGUCAGACCCAGAAAAGGAGAAGGCUGGGAUUCUUGCACUUCAGUUAAAAGAAAAUGAAGUCAUACAUUCGGAGCUCAUUAUUAGCCUUUUGAGUAAUGCUGUAGCACAGUUCAAGAAGUACAAGUGUCCCAGGAUGAAGAGCCACCUGAUGGUUCAGAUGGGAGAAGAGUAUUACCACGCUAAAGACUACACCAAAGCACUAAAGUUGCUGGACUAUGUUAUGUGUGACUAUCGCAGUGAGAGGUGGUGGACCUUGCUCACUUCUAUUCUGACAACUGCCCUUAAAUGCGCAUAUCUCAUGGCACAGCUGAAAGAUUAUAUUACCUAUUCCCUGGAACUGCUCGGAAGAGCAUCAACCUUGAAAGAGGACCAGAAGUCAAGAAUCGAGAAGAAUUUAAUUCAAGUAUUAAUGAAUGAGAGUCCUGACCCCGAACCUGAGUGUGAUGCCUCCAUGGUGAAGACGGCACAAAGACUGUGGGCAGAUAGAGUUUCCUUGGCAGGAAGCAACCUGUUUACCAUUGAGGUGCAAGAAUUUGUACCAUUUGUGCAAUGCAAGGCAAAGUUUCUGUCUCCGAGCUUUCAUGUUGAUUCUCCUAUUGAGUUGCAUGUGUAUCUGAAGACCGAUUGCCCCCAUCCAAUCCGCUUCUCCAAACUUUGUGUUGGCUUCAGCAACCAGGAGUACAAUCAGUUCUGCGUGGUGGAAGAGCAAUACAAUUCCAGUGAAAUCUUGGAGCAGUCAACACAAGGGACGAUGUGCUUAGUACCUGGGAAAACAAGAAAAUUCACAUUUAAGUUUGUUGCAAAAACAGAAGAUGUAGGCAAGAAAAUUGAGAUUUCUUCGGUGGAUUUGAUCCUGGGUGGCGAAGCGGGAAGAUGCGUGAUUUUAAACUGGAGAGGAGGCGGAGGCGAUGCAGCUUCUUCCCAGGAAGCUGUGCAAGCAUCUCGUUCCUUCAAGCGCAGGCCUAAGCUACCUGAAAAUGAAGUAUACUGGGACAGUGUUGCAAUACAAGCUAGCACCAUGAUUGCUUCUAGAGUUCCUAAAAUUUCUGUACAGUUGCACCAUGAACCUCCAGCCCUGAACAAUGAGAUGUAUUGUUUAAAGAUCACUAUACAGUCUCAAGAAGACACUGUUAUAAGGGACGUGAAGAUCACUGCAGGGCUGAAGCCAGGUCAGGAUGCCAACCUGACACAGAAGACUUUGGUUAGCCUGAAUGGGGCAGAAAUGUGUGAUGAAUCCAGCCCUGCCCUGCUGACUGAUAUCCCUGUUGGAGAUCUUCAACCUGAAGGAAAGACUGAGAUGCCUUUGUACAUCCGCUGUGGAACUGAGGGCACACGCAUAUUUCUGGUUUAUGUUUCAUAUCUGAUAGAGACGUUUGUUGAAGACAGACCGAUUGUCUGCAAGUGUCACAAAGAUGAAACGGUGACCAUUGAAACUGUAUUUCCAUUUGAAGUUGCUGUGAAAUUUGUUUCUGUAAAGUUUGAACAUUUAGACCGUGUAUAUACAGACAUCCCAUUCUUACUGAUGACUGAUAUCCUGAGUACAUCACCUUGGGCCCUCGCUAUUAAAUCAAGUCAGCUCCAGUUGGCACCUUCCAUCACUUCUGCAGACCAGCUGGAAUCACAUGUGGAAAACAUUGUUUUACAGACAGGGGAGAAUGCUAGUGAAUGUUUUUGCCUUCAGUGUCCUUCUGUAGCAAGUAACCAGACUGGAGUGGCCACAGGAUGCUAUAUCAUUUCUUGGAAAAGGAGUUCAGCUGAUGACAGUGUUCCUGUUGUCCACACAAUGGUAACAUUACCACACGUGAUAGUUGAAACCAUCCCUCUCCAUAUCCGAGCAGAUCUUCCAUCUUUUGGGCGAGUAAGGGAAUCCCUGCCUGUGAAGUAUCGCCUACAAAAUAAGACCAGCCUUGUGCAGGACAUAGAAAUUGCUGUGGAGCCAAGUGAUGCUUUCAUGUUUUCUGGACUAAAAAUGAUCCGACUGCAGAUCCUUCCAGACACUGAGCAAGAGAUGUUGUAUAACUUUUAUCCCCUAAUGGCUGGGUAUCAGCAGUUGCCAUCUUUGAACAUCAACUUACUAAGGUUCCCCAAUUUCACCAGCCACCUGCUGAAGCGCUUCUUACCAACACAUAUAUUUGUAAAGCCACAAGGGCGGCAAGCUGAUGAUGACUCCAUUGAAGCGGCAUGAGAAGGUUUGAAGUGUUCUGCCGUGUUUAGCCUAAAUGGACUGUCCAAAUAAACUGGCCUGUUUUGUUUCACUGAGAUGGACACAUUUUAGCUGGGAUACUUAAAAGAUAGAGUAAAAGUUAUAGCAAAAUGAAAGAUAAUUUAAUGCACGCUAAACAGAAAACUGGCACAGACUUACUUGUGUCAUAGACAUCAAAGGCGGAGACUCGUGCUACAAUUCAGGGAGAUUAGUCGCCCAACAACAAAUUUCCUUCUUUGGGCCAACUAAUCUCCCCGAACUGCCUUCCCACCAGCUAGAAGGAAAAUCGCCGGCAGGAUGGCACUCGGAUCGCUUCGUCUUCCGAAGUCACAGGCAGUUGGAGGAGAUUUGUCGCCGGGACGACUAAUCUCCCCAAAUUGCAGCGUGUGUCUCUGCCCUAAAGAACAAUAUUGGGACCAUUAAUGAACUGAUCAGUGGAUUUUCAUGUAUUUGGGGGUAAUAGUGUUUGUGAUUCAGUUUCAUUAACUUCUGGGUUUGUAGUAUAUGUGAAAACCUAUGUACAUUUAAGUUAAAUGUGGCAGUGUGCAUUAUUGGACGUCAGUUGUGAUAAGGUUCUUCAAGUUAAAGAUGGAUUAUUCCUAAAAGAAUGAUGCUUUGUAAAUAAUAGUUUCAUGUAAAGUUGACAUAUUAAUAAAUCCACUGUCUUAUUUCUAUCAAGAAACCAAAUAAAACAUCUAACGUC